UAAUCGAAGUAGAAGAUGUUGAAGCUCAUCUACAUUUUCAAAACGUGACGCAUUUUGGCCUCAUUACAGCAGUUUCUCUCGUUGUGCGACGAGAUUAGUUACGGAAACUAACAUACCUUGUUAGCUAUCUAGCUAUUCCAGUUUAGAGACUUCGACCUUAUUUUCACCCAUACUGUGACUGGAUCACAAGACACGUAGCUAUUGCAUCGACCAUAAUCUUAUUUACGGUGAGUUAUAACGUUGUCCUUACAUCCCUUUUUCAACCAAGUUAGCUAAAGCGUUAGCACAACAUCACAAUUAGCUAACGUUAGCUAGCUAUCUUAGAUAGCAUUAUGCGUUAGCUAGCUUGUAACUCUGGCCGGUUUAACGUUAAAUGUCUAUCUAUUUAUAAUCACCGUUUCAACACAAUCACAUGAACGUCUUCAUAUUGAAUUUGGUUGGAUAUCAUUCAUGGCAGAGUUGGUUAAGUUAACUAGCCAACGUUACGCGUUAGCAGUGUUGUGGUUCUGACUCACCAGCGACAUUUCGGAUUUGUACAACUAAUGUUAUCAGGCUAAACUGGUCAUAUCUGGUUUGGUCUUGUGCGACGGUGUGUUACUGUGACUAAUAAUUUCCUUUCAUGCAAUUUUUUGACAAUUGGAGUUGGGUUAUUUAGCUAACUGGCUAACGUCGAUUGUUACUAAUAAUAUCAGUCUGUUGCUAGUGCGCCAGCUAGGUAGUUUAUCUAGCUAACGUUGCCUAACGACGAAUGCCAGGAAGGCCACAGCGUAAUAACAUUCUAAUGGCGCCUAACUGGCUUGAAAUCUAAUCGUUAGCUAGCAAACCGACUGAUAGACGCUAUGUUACAGAUAUCUAAUGUUAGUUACCUAAAUUGUUAUAAAGCUUUCUAAAUGGACUCUUGAUCUUGCCUCUGAAAAAUAUACAAGGGAGACUGACAGAUGGUAUGCAUUUAACAUGUGCGGACGGUGGUUAGUUAACUAGCUAGCUACUAGUAGCUGACGAACGUUAGUUAGUUACGUUUUCAUGACAGGAAUUAUUAUGUAAAUCUCACACCAGAACGAAUUAACAACACCGCUUCUCUCAGUUCAAAAUAGCAACUAGCUAAAGUGAAUCAGUUGUUUUUGUUGUUGUUGGCGAACGUGUCGUAACUGCCAUAGAAGACAGGUUAAACACCUGUUGCUGAGCCCGAUCAGCUGUCUCGUAACCUGAAGUCCUUAACUAGCCUCUUUUGGAAGCUAAACGUCAUUUACACCCUGAAGUAAACAAGUUAUUGCAUUCUGCCAGAGCCAUCUACUGCUUGCAUGGCUACGAGAAUACCUAAAUACAAUUUUUUUUACACACCCAAAAAUCAUACAUAGAAGGCAAGCUAUAUCGAGCUAGAUCUUGGUAACUUAAAACAUGUAUAUGAUUACUGUAAUUGCUCUAACUGUCAUUUGUUUGUCAAUUCUGGGGAUGUCAACUGAUGUUUUUCUGUCUGUCAUACUGAGCAGACAUAUGCAGUCCUGCUAGCAGGAGAAUAUGUUCAACAAGUCGUUUGGGGCUCCCUUUGGGGGAGGGACUGGAGGAUUUGGGACUUCAUCCACAUUUGGGCAACAAAGUAAGUAACAACAGUGGGUGCAAGUGUACAGUUAGCUUUAAUGUAUGUCCUGACAAGUUGAGUACCCCUAUGGUUUCAAGCUUGUCUCAUCAAUGUCUUCGCCUCGGCAUUCACGCUCAAGUCAAGUUAACUUGUUGUGGAUUAUAAGAGGGGUGGUGUUGACCCUGUGUUUGCAGACACAAGCUUUGGGGCGGCAACAGGUGGCUUCGGAGCCUCAGCGUUUGGGGCGACCAACAACACUGGAGGACUCUUUGGGGCAACGCAGAAUAAACCAGGUUUGCCACAUCUCCUUGAUCCUGACUUUAACACGUUACUCACUCAGUGCCCACCUAGUCCUGGUGAAUAUUUCAGAUUUGCUUCUGCUUGACAUCCUGUAGUACAGGGUCCAUAGCUGCUUUCCUUUACUGCUUUCCUUUAGACUUUGUUUCAUUACAAUCUCAGCUGAGGCCCAAUAGCAGUGUGGUUUCUGCCACUACAUUCUGGGUUUAGGAGCAGGCCAGUGUUCUCCAUUGCAGUGGUUUAGGGAUUAACGUUGCUGACAUCUGAGGGUUUAGGAUGAUCAUGUUCUUCAUUUGAAUGAAAAGCCACAGAAGAAAGGUGUCUGUGGUAUAAGGUAUUUUUUUUAAUGUUGUGGUUCGAGCCCUGAAUGCUGAUUGGCUGAAAGCUGUGGUAUGAGAUUGUAUACCACAGGUAUGACAAAACAUUUCUAAUUACGUUUGUAACCAGUUUAUAAUAGCAAUAAGGCACCUUAGGGGGUUUGUGAUAUAUGGCCAAUAUACCACACCCCAUAGUGCCUUAUUGCUUAAUUGUAUAACCUGCAUAACCACAGCAAAGUUACAGAUUCCAUUGUUACAUUUCCCACUGGUGUAUUAACAAAAUAGUUUCAGGAGGUUUUACAUGUGUCGAUAUGAUAGGACUGAUAAAGUAUGAUGUUGGGCAUGUUUAAGACUAGCUUUUGUUCUGUCACGUCUACCUGAACAGUGAACCUGCAUGAUCACACUGCCACUCGCAGUAGCCCGAGAGCUGACUGUGCUCUAUACAUUUUACCAUUAUUCAAUAUACAAUGGUGAGUGUUAUCUGUGGCCGCCGUGAUGCUGCUACUGAUAUGCGGUGGUUAAAUAUAUGUGUCUAACCCCACCCUGUAAUGCUUUACUCUCUCAAAAGUGGUGACAGCCAAUCCUCAGCAAAUCCACACUGGUGCAGGUAGAGGAGGUAAGCAUUGGCUGCCGCGCGCGCACACACAACCCGCUCUUAAACAGGCGGCUGUGCACACACGAAAAGGCAGCGCACCCACAGUUGCUGUUAUACUCUUGAAAAGGGGCUUCCGUGCAUACAAAGUAUAUACAAUAUGUAGUAUUUGGUUUGGAGCAAAGCCACAGUCUGUAUUCUGCUCUUAAAGGGAGUGUGAUCAUGUAGACAGGUGGCACUGUUUAUGGCCCUGUUGUGUCUUAUAUGUGAGAGAGUGAGUGGUGUAUUUGUGCUGAUUGAGAGGAAGAAAAAGGAGGUGUGGAGAGAGGAAUGAAGGGCUGCAUGUUUUGUGACGACCUCUCCUUGUGAUGAAUGAAAUGAUCAGGGCUCCUAUAAACUAGUUCAGCUGGACCUAAAUGUAUGUACUGGCUUAGAUCACAGAUGCACAACUACAGUUCUAGAGGAUCCUCGGUGAACAUGAAACCAAACGAUUGGCUCGGGUCCUACAAUACUUUAAGUUGAGCACUCCUACAAUAAGCCAUAGAGACCUGUGUGUGAGCUGGUUUGAUGUGGUGUGUGUCCCUCCCCAGGUGGCCUAUUUGGUUCCAGUACAUUCAGCCAGCCCGUGACGUCAUCCACCAGUAGCGGCUUUGGCUUUGGCGCGUCCAGCGGCACGUCCACCAGCCUGUUCGGCAGCACCAACACGGGCGGCGGAGGACUCUUCUCCCAGCAGAGCAAUGCCUUCGGAGCCGCCAAACCAGCCUCCUUUGGCAGUCAGUGUCUCUUUUUACUCUCUAGCGUUGAUGUCUUUUAAACUGGUUUACCAUAGAAUUAGAAUCAGUAGUAACAACAGGCAUUCCCAUUCAAAUAAAUUAUCUGUGGCCGGUGGGACAAUGGUCAUAUUAGGUGUUCUAUAUGGAGUGUAAGCUUAGAGUUCUGUGCCUUUCUCAGAGUUACAUGUAUGCAAUAAUGGCAAAUAGAACCUGUUUUGGAUUUUGAUUAUUUUGUAAUGGCACUCCUAUGGCCACUCCAGAGCCUUCUAUUUAGCCUACAAAAUAGUAGUAAAUAGAGGGCUAAGGUCCGUUCUAGUAAUUGUGAUUCUAUGCUGGUGUAUAAUGAGAUCAUGAUGUGGAAUACCGUUCAUUUAUUUUCUUUUAAUAUAUAUAUUUUUGGUAUUUUUAUAGCCAAGCUACUCAUGAUGAUGUAUUGCUUGUUUGUGUUUUGCUUUUGAAGCGCAUUGAGAUUAUGAAAAUCGAUAUAGAAAUUAAAUUAAUUAUAACAUUUCAGAAGGGUUUUAGAUCACUCAUGAGGAGGGGCAUGUGUUUUCUUGGUCUGGUCACAUCUACAUCAUCAUAGAUAUCUGUCUAGAUCAUAUUUUUUUUCAUUUUAUUUUCAGCGUUCGGCACGAGCACGGCCAGCAGUGGGGGGCUGUUUGGGACGACCAACUCCAACCCCUUUGGAGGGGCGUCUACCUCCUUGUUCGGAGCAUCAGGGUUUACCCAGCAGGCUGCCCAGCCAGGCACCACCGUUAAGUUCAACGUAAGUUUGGCCUGAGUUUGGUGUAUGGGGGGUGGGGGGGGGGGGGGGGGUCUGACUCGUGGGCUGCGAGUUUUUGGUUUGACAACAAACAGCCUUGUUUAGUCAUGUUACCUGGCAAGCUAACACCCUUGACUAUCACACAUUUGGAUGGCACAGGAAAAAAGGAGAAGGGAUAGUACUCAGAGAUGCUUCAAAGGUAGGAUGCAUAUGCAUCCUAGGCCUAUGCGUAGCCUUUUCUAUUAUACAGUAAAAAGUACAGUGUUUCCCCUAUAUUAAUUUAUAGUUGCCGCCACUCCAAAAAAUAUGAUGGUAAAACAUUUUCUUUGUUAUAUAUAUAUUUAAUAAGAUCAUCUUUGAGAACUAACAAUCACCAAAAUAAAUACGGACAGUCAGGGAGAAUAAAAAAUUCAAAAAAUGUCAUUUUGUUGUGAGUCACUCAGCUAGCAUAAGAAUACGUCAUAAGCCAUGGCAAAAUGUGUAGCAUUGCAUGAAAUUAGCUUUAAAACAGCAACAGUCUCUGCGGCCAAGAGGAGGGCCUCUAAAAUGUGCUGUCGGAGACCGCUCCGUUGGCCACACCCACUACCACUCGGUAUCGUGAUACUUGGCCUGGUAUUACAUCGUUAGUAAAAUGUUGGUAUUAUGACAACCUCAUUCUGAAAAUAGGCCAAAUUAAUUGCAGUUUACAGAUUUUUGACGUUUCUGUGCACAUUUAUUUAUUCUCACCUUUUUGGACCCUCACUAGUUUUCAUCCCUGUGACCUAGGCUAGCCCACUACACCUGGGCCAAACUGCUGUACUAGGACUCUUUGCCAUGUGUCGUAUACCAAAUAUUAUUUUAUCAGGAAUGUACUUAAUGUUGUAUGUCUAUGCAACUCUUUACUGUAAUCCUAAUUCAGAGGUCAGCUUUCUCUGCUAUGUGUACGAGUAAUCAGUUCAUCCUGCUCUAAUACAGUAGAGGAGUUUGUAUCCCAUUGAAUGUCCUCUUCUGUUCUCCAGCCUCCAACAGGAAGUGACACCAUGGUGAAAGGGGGUGUGACCGCGAGCAUCAACACCAAGCACCAGUGCAUCACGGCCAUGAAGGAGUAUGAGAACAAAUCACUGGAGGUGGGUCAUCAUUAGGCAUUUACUUUCACCUGGUCACUAUCUUUCAGAUCAGUGAAAAUGGAAGGGAAAGAGAUGAGGAGAGGGAUCCACUUUAGAGUAUUGAGAUACAGCCAGCCCUCUCUCACCCCCUCUCUCCUGUGUGGUGUUGUCUCUGUGUAGGAGCUGAGGUUUGAGGACUACCAGGCAGGGAGGAAGGGACCCACUAACCCUAUGGCUGCACCAACAGGGGGUCUCUUUGGGACUGCAGCCGCAGCCACCCCCAGUACAGGGGCUACAGGGCUGUUCGGCUCCUCAGCCACCAACACAGGCUUCUCCUUCGGCCAGGCCAAAACCUCCUUCGGAACUAGUAAGUCACACAGGCCCAUAGACAGAGCCCUAAAGAAAAUAUAAAUACGUAUUAUAUCGGAAUGUUGUAACUCCCUCUGUCCCCAGGUACGGGUGGGUUUGGUACAGCCACAGGCAGUCUGUUUGGGCAGCAGCAGCCCCAGCAGGCCCAGCAGGCAGCCAGCCUGUUCAAGCCCUUCGGCCAGGCCACAACAACCCCCAACACAGGCUUCUCCUUCGGCAACACCAGCACCAUGGGCCAGCCCCAACAAACCAGCACCAUGGUGAGAGCCCACACGCACAUGUUAAUACAAGCCUAACAUAGUACCAUUCCAGUAGAGUAACUUUCUUUCCAUCCCAGGGGGGUCUGUUUGGGGCCACGGCAGCGUCCCAGGCAGGGGGGUUGUUUGGAAACACCGCUCAGACCACACCAGCUACGGGCUUUGGGACGGGCACCGGGCUCUUCGGACAAACCAACACUGCUUUCGGCAACGUCGGCACACAGGUAUUAAUGGACUCAACUGCUCACGCCUUUGCACAGUUUGUAUUUAUUAUGGAUCCCCAUUAGCUGCUGCCAAGGCAGCAGCUACUCUUCCUCGGGUCGAGCAAAAUUAAAGCAGUUAUACAUAAAAAUAAAAUAAAAACAUAACAAUACAUUCAUAACAGAUUUCACAGCACACUAAGUGUGUGCCCUCAGGCCCCUACUCCACUACCACAUAUCUACAACACAAAAUCCAUGUGUACGUGUGUGUAUAGAGCGUAUGUUAUCGUGUGUGUGUAUGCAUGUGUCUGUGCCUAUGUUUGUGUUGCUUCACAGUCCCCGCUGUUCCAUAAGGUGUAUUUUAAUCAGUUACCUGAUGUGGAAUAGAGUUCCAUGUAGUCAUGGCUCUAUGUAGUAUUGUGCGCCUCCCAUAGUCUGUUCUGGACUUGGGGACUGUGAAGAGACCUCUGGUGGCAUGUCUUGUGGGUGUCUGAGCUGUGUGCCAGUCGUUCAAACAGACAGCUCGGUGCUUUCAACAUGUCAACACCUCUCACAAACACAAGCAGUGAUGAAGUCAAUCUCUCCUCCGCUUUGAGCCAGGAGAGAUUGACAUGCACAUUAUUAAUGUUUGCUCUCUGUGUACAUCCAAGGGCCAGCCUUGCUGCCCUUAUUUGAGCCAAUUGCAAUUUGUGGCACCUGACCACACGACUGAACAGUAGUCCAGGUGCAAUAAAACUAGAGCCUGUAGGACCUGCCUUGUUGAUAAAAAGGUAGAGCAGCGCUUUAUUAUGCACAGACUUCUCCCCAUCUUAGCUACUGUUGUAUAAAUAUGUUUUGACCAUGACAGUUUACAAUCCAGGGUUACUCCAACCGUUUUAGUCACCUCAACUUGCUCAUUCUCCACAUGUAUUUAUUACAAGAUUCAGUUGAGAUUUUGAGUUUAUUGAAUGAUUUGUUCCAAAUACAAUGCUUUUAGUUUUAGAAAUAUUUAGGACUAACUUAUUCCUUGCCACCCACUCUUUAAGUGUUGCAGUCAUUUCAGUCGCUGUAGUAGCUGAGAUGUAUGGUGUUGAGUCAUCCGCAUACAUAGACACUCUGGCUUUACUCAAAGCCAGUGGCAUGUCAUUAGUAAAGAUUGAAAAAAGUAAAGGGCCUAAACAGCUGCCCUGGGGAAUUCUUGAUUCUACCUGGAUUAUGUUGGAGAGGCUUCCAUUAAAGAACACCCUCUGUGUUCUGUUAGACCGGUAACUCUGUAUCCACAAUAUAGCAGGUGGAGUAAAGCCAUAACACAGGUUUUUCCAACAGCAGACUAUGAUCGAUAAUGUCAAAAGCCGCACUGAAGUCUAACAAAACAGCCCCCACAAUCUUUUUAUCAUCAAUUUCUCUCAGCCAAUCAUCAGUCAUUUGUGUAAGUGAUGUGCUGGUUGAAUGUCCUUCUCUAUAAGCAUGCUGAAAGUUUGUUGUCAAUUUGUUUACGUAAAAUAGCAUUGUAUCUGGUCAAACACAAUUUUUUCCAAUAGUUUACUAAGGGUUGGUAACAGGCUAAUUGGUCGGCUAUUUGAGGCAGUAAAGGGGGCUUUACUAUUCUUAGGUAGCGGAAUGACUUUUGCUUCCCUCCAAGCCUUGGGGCACACACAUUCUAGUAGGCUUAAAUUGAAAAUAGGGCAAAUAGGAGUGGCAAUUUCGUCCGCUAUUAUCCUCAGUAAUGUUCCAUCCAAGUUGUCAGACCCCGGUGGCUUGUCAUUGUUGAUAGACAACAAUAAUUUUUUCACCUCUUCCACACUCACUUUACGGAAUUCAAAAUUACAACGUUUGUCUUUCAUAAUUUGGUCAGAUAUACUUGGAUGUGUACUGUCAGCAAUUGUCUGGCAUGGCAUGCCUAAAUUUGCUAAUCUUGCCAAUGAAAAAAUCAUUAAAGUAGUUGGCAAUAUCAGUUGGUUUUGUGAUGAAUGAGCCAUCUGAUUCAAUGAAUGAUGGAACUGAGUUUGCCUUUUUUCCCAAAAUUUCAUUUAACGUGCUCCAAAGCUUUUUACUAUCAUUCUUUAUGUCAUUUAUCUUUGUCUCAUAGUGUAGUUUCUUCUUUUUAUUCAGUUUAGUCACAUGAUUUCUCAAUUUGCAAUUUGUUUGCCAAUCGGUUGUGCAGCCGGACUUAUUUGCCAUUCCUUUUGCCCUCUCAACCAUACCAUUUUUCAAUUCCUCAUCAACACAGGGAUUCAACUGUUUUUACAGUCAUUUUCUUAAUAGGUGUAUGCUUAUUAGUAACUGGAAUAAGACAUUUCAUAAAUGUGUCAAGUGCAGUGUCUGUUUGCUUCUCAUUACACACCACGGACCAACAUAUAUUCUUUACAUCAACAACAUAGGAAUCACUACAAAACGUAUUGUAUGACCUCUUAUACACUAUAUUAGGCCCAACCUUUGGAACUUUGGUUUUCCUAGAUAUGCCUACUAUAUUGUUAUCACUACAUCCAAUGGAUUUGGAUACUGCUUUCAAACAAAUCUCUGCAGCAUUAGUAAAGAUAUGAUCAAUACAUGUUGAUGAUUUAAUUUCUGUACUGUUUGUAACUACCUUGGUAGGUUGACUGAUAACCUGAACCAGGUUGCAGGCACUGGUUACAGUUUGAAGCUUUCUCUUGAGUGGGCAGCCUGAUGAAAGCCAGUCAAUAUUUAAAUCACCCAGAAAGUAUACCUCUUGAUAUCACAUACAUUAUCAAGCAUUUCACACAUGUUAUCCAGAUACUGACUGUUAGCACUUGGUGGUCUAUAGCAGCUUCCCACCAGAAUGGUCUUCAGGUGAGGCAGAUGAACCUGUAGCCAUAUUACUUCAACAGAUCCUCUCUAAUCUUCACAGGAAUGUGGUUCUGAAUAUAAACAGCAACACCUGCACCAUUAGUAUUUCUAUAUUUUCUGUAAAUGUUAUAACCUCGUAUUGCUACCACUGUAUCAUCAAAAGUAUUAUCUAAGUGAGUUUCGGAGAUAGUCAGAAUAUGAAUGUAAUCUGUUACUAGCAAAUUAUUGAUUUCGUGAACCUUGUUUCUUUAGCUACAUAUGUUAACGUGGGCUAUUUUGAGCACUUUUCUUCUGGGAUGCUUACUUGUUUUUAUUGCUUUACUGGGAAGCUUAGCAGCAGUAGAUGUGCUCGUGUUUGGGACAGUGUGAUGGUUGUAUAGUAAUUCGGUCUCUGUCUGUCUGUACUCUUGUCCCUAGCAGAGCUUGUUUGGUAAUAAGACGGCAGGGUUUGGUGCCACCACCACCAGCGCCCCGUCGUUUGGCACGGGUACUGGCCUCUUCGGCAACAAACCCGCCCUCACUCUCGGAACAGCUACCAACACAUCCAACUUUGGUGAGUUGAUAAUCUGCCCUUAUUUGAAUGCACCUGUGUGAUAAAUGCUAGUACAUGCUAAUAAACCGUCUGUAGGGCUGGGCGGUAUACCGUAUUAGACUAUAUACCAAUAUUGUUGCAUGGAUCGGUUUGGGUUUUUACCUUCUAUAACGGUAUUUCAAUGUUUGGUUUGUGAAAUGUGAUCCGCAACUCCGGCACGUGUAAUGUCUGUUUUUAUAGUUUACUCCGGUUGCUACUUGUCGUCUUUCUCCCUCUCCUCUUGCUGCAUGCCGUUUCCCACACCAAGCCCUGCCCCCUGUUAAUCAAGGAGUGAGCAGUUGCUCGACCACGGAGUCACGAGCACUUUCUUGCCAUUCACUCUGCAGUCUGCAUGGUCAGAUACAGUGCCGUGAAAAAGUUUUCACCACUUUCUGAUUUUCUUUAUUUUUUGCAUAUUUAUUUUUAUACUGAACGUUAUCAGAUCUUCAACCAAAACCUAAUAUUGGAUAAAGGGAACCUGAGUUUACAAAUAACUAUUAAAAAAAUUGUGAGAGACUGAUCAACAACUACAGGAAGCAUUUGGUUGCAGCCAUUGCAGCUAAUGGUGGCACAACCAGUUAUUGAGUAAGGGGGCAAUUACUUUUUCAUACAAGAUAAUUGAGUGUUGCAUAACUUUGUUUAUGAAAUAAGUAUGUAAUUGUUAUUUGUUCACUCAGGUUCCCUUUAUCUGAUAUUAGGUUUUGGUUGAAGAUCUGAUAACAUUCAGUAACAAAGAUAUGCAUACGUAGAGAAAAUUAGAAAGGGGGCAAAUACUUUUUACAGCACUGUGGAUGCAGAAAGAUGUUGGUGACAAAGAUGCUGUUUUCUACAAGCGUUCUAUAAUUCCACUUAGUUUGUAGGGAUGGGGAUUUGAAAUGUUUUAACUGUUCGAGUACUCUCAUCAUUUUUUUACGAUUACUCUACCAAAAAAAUUAAAAGAUUCUAGAGCACAAAUCCUGCACUGGAAAACAAUGUGCACAUUUACAGUUACUUCAGAAAGUAUUCAUACCCCUUGACUUAUUCCACAAUUUGUUGUUACAGCCUGAAUUCAAAAUUGAUUAAAAAUAUUUUUAUCUCACCCAUCUACACACACACAUAAUGACAAAGUGAGAACAUGUUUUUAGACAUUUAUUUUCAAAUCUUUUGAAAAUGAAAUACACAUCUAAUUUACAUAAGUAUUUACACCCCUGAGUCAACAAUUUGUAGAAGCACCUUUGGCAGCAAUUAUAGUUUAGUCUUUCUGGGUAAGUCUCUUAGAGCUUUCCACACCUGGAUUGUGCAACAUUUGCCCAUUAUUCUUUUCAAAAUUCUUCAGGCUCUGUCAAAUUGGUUGUUGAUCAUUGCUAGACAACUAUUUUCAGGUCUUGCCGUAGAUUUAUGUCAAAACAGUAACUCGGCCACUCAGGAACAUUCACUGUCUUCUUGGUAAGCAACUCAAGUGUAGAUUUGGCCUUGUGUUGUAGGUUAUUGUCCUGUUUAAAGGUUAAUUCAUCUCCCAGUGUGGUGGAAAGCAUACGGAACCAUGUUUUCCUCUCAGAUUUUGCCUGUACUUAGCUCCAUUCUGUUUAUUUUUUAUGCUGAAAAACUUCCCAGUCCUUAACGAUUACAAGCAUACCCAUAACAUGAUGCAGCCACCACUAUGCUUGAAAAUAUGGAGAGUGGUACUCAGUAAUGUGUUGUAUUGGAUUUGCCCCAAACAGCACUUUGUAUUCAGGAUGAAAAGUGAAUUGCUUUGUCACAUUUCUUUGCAGUAUUGCUUUAGUUCCUUGUUACAUCAAUGCAUAUUUUGGAAUAUUUUUAUUCUGUACAGGCUUCCUCUUCCCUCUGUCAAUUAGGUUAGUAUUGUGGAGGAACUACAAUGUUGUUGAUCCAUCCUCAGUUUUUUCUCCUAUCACAGCCAUUAGACUCUGUAACUGUUUAAAAUGUAAUGUAAAUGUAAAUUCACCAUUGGCCUCAUGGUGAAAUCCCUGCUGGUUUUCUUCCUCUCUGACAACUGAGUUAGGAAGGACUCCUAUAUCUUUGUAGUGACUGGGUGUAUUGAUACACCAUCCAAAGUGUAAUUAAUAACUUCACCAUGCUCAAAGGGAUAUUUAAUGUCUGCCUUUUUUAUUUGUACCAAUGGGUUCCCUUCUUUGCGAGGCAUUGGAAAACCUCCCUGGUCUUUGGUUGAAUCUGUGUUUGACAUUCACUAAUCGACUGAGGGACCUUACAGAUAAUUGUUUGUGUGGGGUACAUAGAUGAGGUAGUGUUUAACCAUUUCUUAAUUACUAUUAUUGCACACAGUGAGUCCAUGCAACUUAUUAUGUGACUUGUUAAGCAUAUUUAUUUACUCUUUAACUUAUUUAGGCUUGACAUAACAGCUUUUCAUUUUUUAUUAAUUGGUAAUAAAAAAUGUAAAACACAAUUCCACUUUGACGUUAUGGGCUAUUGUGUGUAGGCUAGUGACAAACAAUCUAAAUGUAAUCCGUUUUAAAUUCAGGCUGUAACACAACAAAAUGUGGAAAAAGUCAGUGGGUGUGAAUAUUUUCUAAAGGCACUGUAUUGGUAUGCCAACAGUGCGCAACAAUGCCUAAUUAAUCAUAACCAUUACCGAUAACAAAUCCUAAUGGCUAAAUUGCCCCAUUUUAUAUAUUGUCAAUAAAAUAAAAUAAAGCCAUUUUAAAUUAAUUUAUUGAAACCAUGAUAUCAACUGGUUAUAUUAUAUCGUGGAACACAAUCUUCAAAAAGGCAGUAACCUCAGGAGUGGUGCUUGCUUGUAGAAGCCUGUGGCUGUGCAAUGGCAUUAGGGUUGGGCGAUGUCAACCUUUGUCCUAUUGUGACGAUCUACCUAUAAAACAUUGAUAUACCCCAAAAAAUUAUUUAAAAGUAAUAAUAUAUAUUUCAUAACCCCACUACGACAGUUUGGCUAUAGCGCGAAAUCAAAUUCAACUGGAGCAAUCAUGAAGAAAUGUGUUGUUGAAAGCCUGGGUAGAGGCUAAGUGCAGGCAAUGCCAAAUAUUUUAUUUUAUGUUCCUUUCGGGUGAAAGAGCAGAACAGGUGCGUGUCUGUUUCUAUCUGUGUGGCAGGCACACGAUGGAGCAGUGACUGUCUGAGGAACGGGCUGUCUUACCGUAGUGAGCUCGGUUAUAGGCCUACAUCAUGGUCUGGAAAGACGCAGUCUAAACAUACACAUUUUAGACAUUUAGCAGACGCUCUUAUCCAGAGUGACUUACAGUAGUGCGUGCAUACGUUCUUCAGAAUUGAAUAAUAAUUGCUUUAUUUGCCUCAAAAUAAAUAUUGUUUAUUCCAUCUCUCAUCAAGCUGUGAUUGAGAAUAGCUUAGACUUUCAUUGUUAUUUUUGAAAGUCACAACAACUUUAGGACAACACCUUUCGUUGGCUAGAGUAUUUGAGAAUUAUACAAUGGGAGGGUCUAAUCCUGAAUGCUGAUUGGUUAAAACCGCAUUCCAGACGGUGUCUAUUCCACAAGUUGCCAUCCGCUAAAUCUAUGACGUUAAAAUGCCUAUUUACUCUGUUCCAUCUGACUGCGCAAUCCACUCUCUCAUCAGCCCAGCCAGGCAAUUUAUAAACUUGAUCUCCACUAUAAAAAGCAUCUAGACAUUGUCUCACAUUUCUUUUAGACUAACAUUUCGUUUUCAACAGCGGAGAAUUGUAUAAACCUUGCUGUCUGUCUCUCCAACAUUUGCAACGUUGUUUCAAUAUUCAAAUUCGAUUUCCUGCUGUCCCAUAGUAAUGAACGUGUCGGGACGAGACAGGCAGCGUUUCUCACCCAGUCAUAAUCAUGAAUCAGCUGGCAUCAAUUUUAUGGAUAUAUACAAAAAAUGUCAAUUGAAAAAAGCUUAAAAAAACUAAACGCAGCUAAUUUGAAGUCUUUCCAGCUUCAGUUUGAAGUGAUUGUGUUACUAGCUGCUGUGUUGGCUAGCUCCUCUGAACAACAGUGUCCUGACGAGUGAGCACAUUUUCUAUGCCAGGUGAAAUCGCACCUCAUUGGCUCAUUGUUAUGGAUGUAUCCAUAAUAAAUGUCACUGGAAAACAGUUUAUGCAAAUGCAGCUACUUUGCUGUUAUUCUGGCUGCACUUUUUGACGUGACUAAGUUAGCCGUAGUUAGCUAGCUGGCAAGCAAGGGAUAAGAACGUUGCCAGGCAGUAUGGCAAUGGAACAUUUAGAACGAACGGCUGGGUCGCGUCCAUAGAUAUAGAACAAAAAGACUGAACAACAGGGUUGCGUCUCUAGCAACCCUACAUUUGUGUCGGGACUAUAUCUUGUGGAAGGAUGAAAUGGUAUGAAUAAAUGAAUCAAUGUUUUUUAUGAAGAUAUGUCAAUCAUUAUUUGAAUAUGUUUGUCUCUGGCCUAACAACACCCAUGCCAAUAUCCUCCAAACACCGGCUUCGAGGGCAUUAUAACUUAAAUAAGCUACUGUUCAUAACUUUAACUAGCCUAAAAGGAUAGGAGGAUAGGUUAUUGGCCACUUGGUUUUCAACCACGCAUGGAGGGAUUUUCACAGCCCGCAAGGAUAAUUUCUUUCUUAAGGUUGUCAUUAGAUGUUUGAUAUUGUUUGUUCUCUCUCAUUAUUAGUCCCCUGGCUUCCCUAUGUUUUAAGCUAUGCAAGUAACCCUUUGAGAUGGAACUCCCGAUCGUGAGAAAGCCAUGUAUAAAACGCUGAAUCAUAGCCUAUCAAAUGGAGAGAUAGUCUCCUGAGUGGCGCAGUGGUCUAAGGCACUGCAUCGCAGUGCUAGCUGUGCCACUAGAGAUCCUGGUUCGAAUCCAGGCUCUGUCGCAGCCGGCCGCGACCGGGAGACUCAUGGGCGGCGCACAAUUGGCCUAGCGUUGUCCAGGGUAGGGGAGGGAAUGGCCGGCAGGGAUGUAGCUCAGUUGAUAGAGCAUGGCGUUUGCAACGCCAGGGUUGUGGGUUCGAUUCCCACGGGGGACCAGUUUGAAAAAAAUAUAUAUAUAUACAAAAAUUUGUAUAAAUAUAUAUAUAUGUAUUCACUAACUGUAAGUCGCUCUGGAUAAGAGCGUCUGCUAAAUGACUAAAAUGUAAAUGUAAAUGUAAUAACGGAAUAUAGGCAAGUUAUUUUUUGUUUUACCGCUAGACACAAGAUACGGUAGGUAAGGAGUAUAUGUUAUAUAAAAACAAUAGGUGUAUGCUAUAGCCUAAUGCCUAUGCAUCCAACAGACAGAAUGAGAGAAACAAUUUCUGACUGGAUAUUCUACACUGCUUUGAUGGAAUUCUGCACUCUGUCUCUGGCCUGCAUUCCGCUCUUGUGAAUCUAUCAAGCAGUUUAUUUUUAUUUUUUAAAUUUUGUGUGCAUAUUUUCAGUGUGGAACCUAUCUAUGUUUAUGGGGUUAUAGCCUAGGCUAACCAAUUCUAAAUGGCACUAGCAGUUCGCAAAGUAGCCUAAAUGGAAAAAAGACAGGAUGCAAUUAUUCUAAAACUGCAGCUAGUUGUUGGAACACAUACAGGAUUUCCCUACUUCAAUCAACCAUUCCAUUUUGAAUUUGUGAUAAAACUCACGCCAUUUGGCAAGGAAUGUAGCUUCUGUAUCCUGUCAGUUAGAUACGUUUUUAUAGGCAUUUAUUUCUGUAGCCCUAACAGGAGCUUGUGGGGAGCGAUCAGAAUGCAAUUGAGUGAGAAGAACUGUGAUGCUUGGCUUGGUUUCUUUUUUGUUUCGCCCCUUAAAUGAACAUGUACAAAUGGAACACUAGAGUCAAAGCAAGUUUGUAUUUUCUUAGCAAGUUCUGGCCCAAAUAAAUCGUGUUGGCCACUAAUUGCUAGUUAGCUGGCUACAUUUGUCCACGCAAAUGUAGCCAGCUAAUACAGCCUGGUACCAGUACUGGUGUAGGCCUUGAUGAGCAUGUUUGUGCAACGGUAUCUUCUAUAUCAGAGAGGAAUCGGCGAAGCUUGCAUUCGAAAUCACAUGCUAACACACGCACUCUACACACACACUUUAAUAUUGUUAUUUUGUAUUGUAAAUAUGUUAUGGUAGAGUAGUGUGUAAUAUGGUAUUGUUUUAUUGUAUGUAAGCGUAGCUGCUGCCUUGGCAACCGCUAUUGGAGAUCCGUAAUAAAUACAAAUGUUACACGAGGUAAGAAAAUGUAAUAUAAUAUAACACUGACCAACACUUUGGUUCCUACCCUGUCAAUAAUUCCUCUCUGGCUUAUUCAUUCGUUGUCAUGUCAAACAACAAUGUAUUCAAGGUGCUGCCCACUAUAUUCCAACUAUAGAGUUCCAUGAUUCCAACAGUUCACCAAUUUACUAUGCCUAAAUGCUUUGCACAUAUCAUGUUGCUCUGCGUGGCAGUGUGGAAAAGAUAACAAAAAUGCAAAAAUGGAUGAAAAUGCCACCAUUUUUUUUGAAGUUCAAUUGAAGUGUAUAAAACAAGCAGAAUGGAGAAAGACCCAUUAAAAUCACUUCUAAUUUAUGUUGCCACCCAAUGGUCAUGAACUACUCAUAAAGCAUAUUUAGAACUUUUAUUGUUAAAAAAUAUAAGAUCCCAUUAUACUGUAAAAACAUAUUACAAAUAUUGUGAUAUGAUAUUUUGGCCAUAUCGCCUAGCCCUACUUAUAGAUGAUAGUAUUGGCUAUGUCAGUGACCAUGUUCUGUGUUGUGUGAAGGUUUUGGACCCACCGCUGCUGGCGGAAGCCUCUUUGGGAACAAGACGGCAGCAGGAGGACUAGGGUCCGGGCUGGGAGCCGGCUUUGGAGCAGGUAUGAACAGAACGGAUGACACUUCCAGAGCACAAUAGGCCUGGCAUACAUUUGAUAGUGAAAUGUAAUGUUAACAUCUUCUCAUGUAUCGUAUGGAAGAUAAUAAAUAAACCACAAAUGCAUCAAAUAUCCAUCAUUUUUUAAAAAUAGCAAAAACAAAGACCUGCCUUUUUGGGUGUGUUUUAUCUAAAUCUUUAUGAUGUCAGUCAUUAGUCUGUGUGUGUUUCUCUGAGUGUGUGUUCUGUGUUUGUCAACAGUAGGCACUGGGCCGAUGUCUCUGUUUGGGAAUAACAAGACGCUGGGUUCCACUCUGGGAACAAUGGGAGGGUUUGGAGUGCAGGGAUUCAGCACAGGAACCAACACUCUAGGCUUCGGAGCGCCACAACAGCCCGUCGGUAAAUACCACUUCUGUCUACCACCUAUCACCACCUCUCUCUGUCCAGUCUGAAGCUGAAUGUGAUAACACAUCCCUCGCCCUUUUCUCUAGUACAGUGGUAUUCAAAUGUUUUCAGCGGGGACCCUAUUUUCUUCCCAAUAAUUUAUUGCAACGCCACCACACCCCAAAUCUAAUGACACAACCUUAAAAUCAGUACAUUUUUACAUCAACAAAUAAGCUUAAAUUCAUUGCAUUUUUUAAAAAUCUCUUAUCAAAAUGAAAAGAAACCAAUUAAUACAUUUACUCAAUAAAAUGUUAUCUUUUCAAAUUAUCUUUCUCAAAAACGUUUGUAUAUUGUCCCACACAAUAAUCUGUACUCUUAAUUUCCCCACUGCAGUUUCCCUGCGUGCCCUACUUUGAAUACCUCUGCUCUAGUACCUAGUCGUAUUACUCUUUCAGUGUACUGAAGAAACUGUCUGGAUAAAAUUACACAAUGUGGUGUGAACUUCCCAUAGCCAUUGAAGGCUCGAUGAAUCUAUAAUCCUAAUUCUUACGCCUCUUUCAUUUCUCUCUCUUCUCAGCGCUGAUGGACCCUAACGCGGUGGCGGCCCAGCAGGCAGUGCUGCAGCAGCAGAUCAAUGCUCUGGCCUACUCCCCCUUCGGAGACUCCCCCCUCUUCAGAAACCCCCUCUCUGACCCCAAGAAGAAGGAGGAGCGUCUGAAGCCCACCAAUCCGGCGGCCCAGAAGGCGUUGACCACGCCAACUCACUACAAGCUGACACCGCGGCCUGCGACACGUGUGCGGCCCAAAGCUCUGACAUCAUCGGGCUCCUCCAAGUCCCAGCUGUUUGAUGGGUUGGAUGACGACGAGCCUUCUCUCACCAACGGAGCCUUCAUUCCCAGGUAGGUGUCCGUCUGGAAAUUUGCUUCUAACUAGUUCACAUGUUUCGGUUUCCACUGAUUUACUGAAUUUUUGUUAGCGGAUACUACAACUUGGUUUUCUGUGGUUUUCAAUAGCUUUUCACCUCUUGUAUGUAACGUCUUGUAUGAGGUGCAUCUAUAUGCUUUUGUCUGUCUGCUGACCGUGAUGUUGGUGUAUGGUAUCUGAUCUGUGUGUUUUUCUGUGGUGUUAUAUACCAGGAAGAGCAUCAAGAAGCUGGUGCUGAAGAACCUGAAUGGCAGCAGCCUGUACAGCAGCCCAAUCAACAGAGACUCCGACGACCUGUCCUCUCCACCAGAGUACCCCCUCAACGGACUCGGGUCAGAAACUCACACACACUCCGUUAACAUUUCAAAUAUUUAUCUAUGGGGUGUUGGUUGCUGACCAUGUCUCUCUCCCGUCUCUCCCCUACAGUGCCAGUGUGGACGAGGAUGAUGAUGUGAGGGAGGUGGUGGAGGGAGGAGCCGAGGACCACCUGGAGAUCAACAAGUUCUACACCAAUCCCAUAGCCAAGCCCAUCCCCCAGCCCAGCCUGCAGGACACCAUCUCAGAGCUCAACGCCCAUAGGGUGGGGGCUAGGGGCAGGAACGGGCUGGAGGUGAGCUGAUAGUGAAAAGGAGUAGACAGACAGUGAAUAUGGUUGUCUCAAAUGACACCUGAUUCCUCAUAAAGGGCACAUCUUUUUUAGUCACGCUCCUCAGAUAGUGCACUACUUUAGAGAUUUUUGACAUGACUGUUCUGAACCUGCCUCCUCUGAUUUCAGGUGAGCAGCGAGGACAUAUCGCUGGGAGAUGACUCCAUACAGGAGGAGCGAGAGGAAGAGGUGCCCCCCCACCCUGCAGGUAUCGUUCUGGGCCGUGUGGGCUACUACACAAUCCCCGCCAUGGACGAGCUGGCCAAAAUGGUGGACGAAAACGGAGUGUGUGUUGUGGAGAACUUCACCGUGGGCAGAAAAGGUAAAAGACUCUUGAUUGGUCGGGUGGGCACCGCUCUUUAAAACAAUUGGUUGGUAGCUCACUGCUCUGCUCUCUGAUUGGCUCUCAGGUUACGGCUCAGUGUUCUUCCAUGGUGAGGUGAACGUGACGGGGCUGAACCUGGAUGAGAUUGUUCACUUCAGACGUAAAGAGGUCAUAGUCUACCUCGACGACAAGAACAAGCCCGCUGAGGGGGAGGGGCUCAACAGGUCAGUGACAGGAUGGGACAGGGAUACACAGCUACACCGGGACAGGGAAACGUUCUCCCUUUCACACUGGGGACAAUGUUGUUAUCAGUUUCCUUGUAAUGCCAUCAUCACAGAUGUAAUAAACUGAUUUGACAUAUUCUGAUAGUGAUCACAGCUGAGGCAUAACUCAAGUUAAUAUUAUCCUUAUUUCCUCUUCCUUUCUCUCAUCCUUUACCUCUACUCUUUACUUCCCCAUGUUCUUUUAUCUCUUUCUCCCUCACUCCUCCCCUCUCCUAGGCGAGCAGAGGUGACUCUGGAUGGGGUGUGGCCUAAUGAUAAGACCACUUGUACUCAGAUAAAGAGCCCUGAGCGUCUGUCUGAGAUUAACUACGAGGGCCGCCUGGAGAACGCCUCACGCAAACAGGGCGCCCGCUUCCUCGAGUACCGCCCCGAGACCGGCUCCUGGGUGUUUGAGGUAAGCAUGCCUAGACACACACACACACACACACACCUUCUGUGUGUAUCUAUUUCUCCCUUCCAUGUCUAACUCCCCUCUCCCUGUGUCUGCAGGUGGCCCAUUUCUCUAAGUACGGCCUGCACGACUCUGACGAGGAUGAGGACGUCCCUCUCAAAGUGGACCCCAAGAAGCUGAAGACUGCCACAACACUUCCACCAGGGCUGCAGCAGCUGCCUACCUUCCAGCAGCAGGAGGCGCCACAAGCUCAGGUAGACGGCGCAGCACAGCACGCCCACCCACCCACACUGACAGUCAGACUCGCUGUUUUCUACAUCACCUGGAUGGCCUUAGUCAAUAUACAACCUAAAUAUACACGAUGAUCUGAACAGAAGCAGUGUUUCCUUUCCACUACCAUUACUACCACAUGCAGUGUGUGAGGCCUUCUGCCUAGAUCUCUGCUGUUUCCCCACUCCUAUUAUGGGUUGUAAUUCAAUAGGUUUCUAUGAAAAAUGGUUUUAAGUUUGGUAGCCCAGGAUGAUGGUCUUGGUGGUCUCUGCACCCCCAAAUAAGGCUAUUAAACAUCGAUCUGACAUCACAUGAUCAGAUGGGAAACACCCACAUGUUCUAUAUAUCAGUGGUGUGGGGAGAUAUGGGUUCUCCUAUCCGCCCAGGUUCACCGGUACCUGAGGUGCCACAACGCACCAAUCACUUGGAUUGCGCAAGUCUGUCAGUCCUGCUUAGUGGUUACGUUCUGUCCCUCGCAACCAAUUAAGAAUGAGCACCUUCAUCUGUGCUCUAAAUCUUAACUAUCCUGAGCUUAACAUCAGCCUGGAUCCGUAGCAAUGGCAUGAAGUAAUCAGUGGAUUGAAAAUAAGAUGUUUUAAGGGCUGAGUGUUGAAUGAGGUUUUUAGAUCAAAAUAAAUCAAACUGAUUAAGGAAAUGUUUGACGUGACGUCUAACUCUGAAGUAGAGUUUGUGAGAUUCCUUAAAUGAAAUCUGUAUUGUAAAAUUUUAGUUUUAUUUGCAGACUGUUUGUCCCAUCUGCUAGGUGUUUAAAGUCUAAUACAAUGUACAAAUGGUUUAAUACUGAUUAUGGUAACUUCAGAAAACAUCACAUUACCAUGGUUGUACCUAAUAAAAAGCCAGUAUUUAUGCAGAGAUGUUAAACAUGACAAUUUCUGUUCACAGAAUAUAUUUUUGAUUCAUAGUUGCUUUUGUUUAUCUUUUUCAAACAAGCUUUUAAAAAUUGACGAAAGAUGAGUGAUGUGCGAUAACCUGCAGUUCUUGGGCAACUCUGCCAGUCCUGCAGAAUAUAUUCAGGGUUAGGUCUUCUGUCUGGUUGAGGGUUUAAGAAACUCAACAACUACUCUUGGGGUAUUAUUGAGUCACCCUACGACUUCUCUUAUUAUGUAAAACCUGCUCCUAUAUACAUCUGUGAUAUCUUGUAUCUGAUAAUGUUAUGAAAUAAACUGAUUAAAGAUAACACAUUUUUCUGGUAUGUCAGACUUGUUUAUGUAGAGAAGAAAAGCAUGUUUAUUGAGAGUGAUGUCCACCAUAUGUGGUCUUCUUGUCCACACACCUGUACCAUCUGCUCUGACCAGUGGAGCUCACUGUCCUGGAACCAACUGCUCUGAAUACAGAUACUGACAUUUUACAUUUUACUUACUUACAUAAUCUGAUUACGCUAAACUGAUUUUGUGUGUGUGUUUCUUCUUGGGGUGUGUGUGUGUGUGUUUCUUCUUGGUGUGUUUCACUGCUGUGUGUGUUUGGCGGCACUUUCCCUGCUGUGUGUGUCCAGUCCACAGCAGUGCUGGAGCUGCUGAAUCGUGUGUCGGAGGUGGACAGUGAUAUGGCUGACAUUACCCAGGAUGCCCCAGGCGAGAGCAUUUUGGGGGGUGAGGAAGGGGAGAGUGUCAUGGGGGAGGAGAAGGGAAGUCGGCUGGGGACUGUGACCCCUGUGGAACACGACUCUGUCUCAGCGUCCAGUCAGAUCGCCUCCUCGCUGGGGAUCAACCCUCACACACUACAGGUAGCAUACUACUGUACACUCUCACACUCCACCUGUUUAAGGAUAAUGGUGUGGGUGGUUGGUGUGUUUUCCCUCACUCACAUCAUGAAGGUAGAGUGUUUUUGAUGUGUGUUUCUCUUUUCUCAGAUCAUGAAGGCAUCCCUGUUUGCUGAGGAUGAUGAUGAUAUGUUCCAGGAGCAGGGAGGGAUGAAAAGUUCUCUAGACGUGACCUCUCCUCACAUCCACCUGCCUGGCACGCAGGGCAGGCCCUCCAGUAAGUGUCACACACAGCCCAAACACUCUGAUUUAUACCCUCACAAACAGUCACCCAACAACAAAUAAUAACAAGAUAACUAAUAAUGUAAGCAUACUGUGUCCAUAAUAAGUAUAUAGGUUGUAGGUUGGGAGCUUUUGUGAAAGAGCACAGUUAGAAAGAUAUGGCAUAUAGAAGCAAACCGGAUGGACAUAAUGAAAAUGAUUGGAGAGGUUGAGAGUAGAAGAAGUUCAGGAGAAAAAACUAACAAAAUAUAAUUAUUGUAAAAUUGACUGUGUCCAUAAAAUGUAGAAACUAAGUAUAAACUGGAAGUAGAGGCCUAAGCAUUGUUGUUCACUAGUUUACUCUAAGUAGGGAAAGGGUGGCGGGUUUGGAAAGUAAUAAAGGGGAAUAUAUAUAUAUAUAUAUAUAUUAUUUUUUUAAGGAUGUGUAUGUGUGUGUGUGUAUACAGUGAGGGGAAAAAAGUAUUUGCUGAUUUUGUACAUUUGCCCACUGACAAAGACAUGAUCAGUCUAUAAUUUUAAUGGUAGGUUUAUUUGAACAGUGAGAGACAUAAUAACAACAAAAAAAUCCAGAAAAACGCAUGUAAAAAAUGUUAUAAAUUGAUUUGCAUUUUAAUGAGGGAAAUAAGUAUUUGACCCCCUCUCAAUCAGAAAGAUUUCUGGCUCCCAGGUGUCUUUUUAUACAGGUAACGAGCUGAGAUUAGGAGCACACUCUUAAAGGGAGUGCUCCUAAUCUCAGUUUGUUACCUGUAUAAAAGACACCUGUCAACAGAAGCAAGCAAUCAAUCAAUCAGAUUCCAAACUCUCCACCAUGGCCAAGACCAAAGAGCUCUUCAAGGAUGUCAGGGACAAGAUUGUAGACCUACACAAGGCUGGAAUGGGCUACAAGACCAUUGCCAAGCAGCUUGGUGAGAAGGUGACAACAGUUGGUGCGAUUAUUCACAAAUGGAAGAAACACAAAAUAACUGUCAAUCUCCCUCGGCCUGGGGCUCCAUGCAAGAUCUCACCUCGUGGAGUUGCAAUGAUCAUGAGAACGGUGAGGAAUCAGCCCAGAACUACAUGGGAGGAUCUUGUCAAUGAUCUCAAGGCAGCUGGGACCAUAGUCACCAAGAAAACAAUUGGUAACACACUACGCCGUGAAGGACUGAAAUCAUGCAGCACCCGCAAGGUGGGGACUGCUCAAGAAAGCACAUAUACAGGGCCGUCUGAAGUUUGCCAAUGAACAUCUGAAUGAUUCAGAGGAGAACUGGGUGAAAGUGUUGUGGUCAGAUGAGACCAAAAUGGAGCUCUUUGGCAUCAACUCAACUCGCUGUGUUUGGAGGAGGAGGAAUGCUGCCUAUGACCCCAAGGACACCAUCCCCAUCGUCAAACAUGGAGGUGGAAACAUUAUGCUUUGGCAGUGUUUUUCUGCUCAGGGGACAGGACAACUUCACCGCAUCAAAGGGACGAUGGACGGGCCAUGUACCGUCAAAUCUUGGGUGAGAACCUCCUUCCCUCAGCCAGGGCAUUGAAAAUGGGUCGUGGAUGGGUAUUCCAGCAUGACAAUGACCCAAAACACACGGCCAAGGCAACAAAGGAGUGGCUCAAGAAGAAGCACAUUAAGGUCCUGGAGUGGCCUAGCCAAAAUCUGUGGAGGGAGCUGAAGGUUUGAGUUGCCAAACGUCAGCCUCGAAACCUUAAUGACUUGGAGAAGAUCUGCAAAGAGGAGUGGGACAAAAUCCCUCCUGAGAUGUGUGCAAACCUGGUGGCCAAAUACAAGAAACGUCUGACCUCUGUGAUUGCCAACAAGGGUUUUGCCACCAAGUACUAAGUCAUGUUUUGCAGAGGGGUCAAAUACUUAUUUCCCUCAUUAAAAUACAAAUCAAUUUAUAACAUUUUUGACAUGUGUUUUUCUGGAUUUUUUGUCAGUGGGCAAACGUACAAAAUCAGCAGGGGAUCAAAUACUUUAUAUAUAUAUUACAAUCUUUAUAUAUAGUUACAAUCUAUCUGCAAUAUUAAGCUGAUCUACCCCCAAAAAUGUCAGCCAUCCUUCACUUACAGACCCUAACAUAUCUAAUAUGUUAAUAUAGCAGUCCUUUUGCAUGAAGCUUUACUAUUAGAUGAAUUAAAGGUGGUUUACUUAGAUAGUGUGGACUGUCUUUCAGUUUGAUUUUGCUCAUUGAGCUCUCUUUCCCCUCUCUUCCCUCUCUUUCCCCUCUUUCCUGUCUCUCCCUUGCUCUCUCUCUCUCUCCAGUUGGUGGUCUCCUGCAGACUCGUUUCAGCGGUACAGGUCUCUUCUUUCAGCACCAUGACGUGCCCUUCGGUGGGGGCCUUCCCGGGAGGCAGUCCAUGUCUCGGGCGUCGCCGGCGGUGCCUGAUCCCUCGCGGGUCUCCCCCUGGCCCUCCUUCCUGUUGCCGGCCCCAACGGCCGAGGCCACUGUACGGACGGUGGGGGCUCGACGCCUGGGGGGACCUGUGGACCUAGAGAACUCAGUCACACUGGGGAAGGUAUUGAUAGAUAUACAGUGGGGGAAAAAAGUAUUUAGUCAGCCACCAAUUGUGCAAGUUCUACCACUUAAAAAGAUGAGAGAGGCCUGUAAUUUUCAUCAUAGGUACAUGUCAACUAUGACAGACAAAUUGAGAAAAAAAAUCCAGAAAAUCACAUUGUAGGAUUUUUUAUGAAUUGAUUUGCAAAUUAUGGUGGAAAAUAAGUAUUUGGUCACCUACAAACAAGCAAGAUUUCUGGCUCUCACAGACCUGUAACUUCUUCUUUAAGAGGCUCCUCUGUCCUCCACUCGUUACCUGUAUUAAUGGCACCUGUUUGAACUUGUUAUCAGUAUAAAAGACACCUGUCCACAACCUCAAACAGUCACACUCCAAACUCCACUAUGGCCAAGACCAAAGAGCUGUCAAAGGACACCAGAAACAAAAUUGUAGACCUGCACCAGGCUGGGAAGACUGAAUCUGCAAUAGGUAAGCAGCUUGGUUUGAAGAAAUCAACUGUGGGAGCAAUUAUUAGGAAAUGGAAGACAUACAAGACCACUGAUAAUCUCCCUCGAUCUGGGGUUCCACGCAAGAUCUCACCCCGUGGGGUCAAAAUGAUCACAAGAACGGUGAGCAAAAAUCCCAGAACCACACGGGGGGACCUAGUGAAUGACCUGCAGAGAGCUGGGACCAAAGUAACAAAGCCUACCAUCAGUAACACACUACGCCGCCAGGGACUCAAAUCCUGCAGUGCCAGACGGGUCCCCCUGCUUAAGCCAGUACAUGUCCAGGCCCGUCUGAAGUUUGCUAGAGUGCAUUUGGAUGAUCCAGAAGAGGAUUGGGAGAAUGUCAUAUGGUCAGAUGAAACCAAAAUAGAACUUUUUGGUAAAAACUCAACUCGUCGUGUUUGGAGGACAAAGAAUGCUGAGUUGCAUCCAAAGAACACCAUACCUACUGUGAAGCAUGGGGGUGGAAACAUCAUGCUUUGGGGCUGUUUUUCUGCAAAGGGACCAGGACGACUGAUCCGUGUAAAGGAAAGAAUGAAUGGGGUCAUGUAUCGUGAGAUUUUGAGUGAAAACCUCCUUCCAUCAGCAAGGGCAUUGAAGAUGAAACGUGGCUGGGUCUUUCAGCAUGACAAUGAUCCCAAACAUACCGCCCGGGCAACGAAGGAGUGGCUUCGUAAGAAGCAUUUCAAGGUCCUGGAGUGGCCUAGCCAGUCUCCAGAUCUCAACCCCAUAGAAAAUCUUUGUAGGGAGUUGAAAGUCUGUGUUGCCCAGCGACAGCCCCAAAACAUCACUGCUCUAGAGGAGAUCUGCAUGGAGGAAUGGGCCAAAAUACCAGCAACAGUGUGUGAAAACCUUGUGAAGACUUACAGAAAACGUUUGGCCUGUGUCAUUGCCAACAAAGGGUAUAUAACAAAGUAUUGAGAAACUUUUGUUAUUGACCAAAUACUUAUUUUCCACCAUAAUUUGCAAAUAAAUUCAUUAAAAAUCCUACAAUGUGAUUUUCUGGAUUUCUUUCUCUCAUUUUGUCUGUCAUAGUUGACGUGUACCUAUGAUGAAAAUUACAGGCCUCUCAUCUUUUUAAGUGGGAGAACUUGCACAAUUGGUGGCUGACUAAAUACUUUUUUUUCCCCACUGUACUUCUAAUGUACUACAUUUCCUGUAACUUUCCCAAAAUUCCUUAAUUUUUCCAGAACUCCAGGUUGGAAGGUUAACGGAAUUAAGUACAUUUUACAUUUACAUUUUAGUCAUUUAGCAGACGCUCUUAUCCAGAGCGACUUACAGUUAGUGAGUGCAUACAUUUUUUUAAAAAGUACUAAGCAGGACAUCCGGAAUCCUCCAACCAGGAUUUCUGGGAAUUUUGGGAAAGUUACUGGAAUUUUGCAUCCCUAUACUAAUAGUAAUAAUACAUUUAAUUUGUCAGGUGCCUUUCUAGACACAUCAUGAUACAAUUGUAAUAGUUAAGAGUUGAAAUAUCAGAUGGUACAGUAGACCGAUUACACAAGGAUACAUACAGAGGUACAUGGGGCAAAGCAAUGAAACUUUACAUCAAGAAUAUGAAGGAGAUUUGCUGGGUAAUUUUAACGAAUCGACUGUGUUUAUUAUGUGUGAAUAUGGCUGUACAGUAUGGGUAGUGAUAAUAAAUCCAUUCCCGUCCAUCCAGGGCCGUCUGCUGAUGGAUGCAGCUUUGUUCACGGGCCGGUCGUUUCGGGUGGGCUGGGGUCCUGGCUGGACUCUGGUCCACUGUGGAGACGGGCUGAGUGGGGCCGGGGACAAGGAGCAGGACCACGGAGACACAGGAGCUGGAGGCUUUGGAUUCCUGCCCAAACCUGCCAAGAGCAAACCGUAAGCAACACACACACCAGACCACUGUCAUCAGACCACUUGUCCAGCAGCAUACCACCCUGCAUCCCACUGCUAGCUUGCCUCUGAAGCUAAGCAGGGUUGGUCCUGGUCGGUCCCUGGCUGGGAGACAAGAUGCUGCUGGAAGUGGUGUUGGAGGGCCAGUAGGAGGCACUCUUUCCUCUGGUCAAAAAUUUAAUAAAAUAUCUGAAUUCCCCAGGGCAGUGAUAGGGGACAUUGCCCUGUGUAUGGUGCCGUCUUUCAGAUGGGACAUUAAACGGGUGUCCUGACUCUCUGUGGUCACUAAAGAUCCCAUGGCACUUAUCAUAAGAGUAGGGGUGUUCACCCCAGUGUCCUGGCUAAGUUCCCAAUCUGGCCCUCAUACCAUCAUGGCCACCUAAUCAGCCCCAGCUUCCAAUUGGCUCAUUCAUCUUCCUCUCCGCUAUAACUAUUCCCCAGGUUGUUGCUGUAAAUGAGAAUGUGUUCUCAGUCAACUUACCUGGUAAAAUAAGGAUACAAUUAAAUUACAAAAUCUACACAGGCACUGUAGGAGUGUCGUGUCGGAAUGGGAUCCAGACUUGUAUGAAAGGAGUGUUUUGAGGUUUGUUUAGAGAGAUCGAAACUAAAGCCUAAACAUUCCUCCUUCCUCUCCUCUGGCUCCAUCUCGCUCUCUCCCCCAUCUUUCUCUUUCACUAUACAGACUGUCAGACAGUCCGUUCAAGGUGGUGAUCGAGCAGGUGGUUGGUCUGGAGCCGCGGGACAGUGAGGAGAGCCAGGCGGUGUACCAACGUCCCCUGGAGAUCGGCCUGAAGCACAGCAGCAUCAGUACAGAGGGGGCCUGCCCCUUCAUCCAGCCCCAGAGCGGUGUGGCGGCCCUGCACGAGUACGCAGAUUGGAUUACUGACCUCAACCAGGAGGCUGGCGCUGGAGAUGGUAAGAGAUGCAACACACACGAUGGUAGAUGGUGCACAUUCAUUAUUGGUCAAAUUCCAAAACUUCCCUAUGAUUCUGACAUCAACCCUGUAUAUAUCUGUUUUAAUCCUCUCUCCCAUGGCUGUCUCAAUGUGUUCAGAUAUUUAAAAAUAUAUGCUUGCUAAUGCUAUUCUCUAUCUCUAUCUCUCUAUCUCUCUAUCUCUCUCUCUGUAGCAGUCCUGGGUCACUGGGCUCAGGUGUGGACUUUGUGUGAGGCCCUGUGGGGCCGACUGGGUUCGGCAGAGACUGAGCCAGAGCCUGGUACCAGUGGCUACCUGCAGCGGCUGGAGAGGAGAAGGAGCUUCUCAGCCUGGCUGUCCCACAGCGCCACCCAGAGGAUCGAGCAGGAGGUGGGCUUGAACCAGGGGGGAGGAAACGUGGAGGCCAUCUUCAGCUACCUGACUGGACACGGCAUCAGUGACGCCUGCAGGCUGGCUCAGAAGAGUGGUGAGGAGAGGGGGAUUGGAGGGGUGACAGAGGUGGGGGGGAUUGGAAUUGGAAAUUGAGGGGAUGUUGAGGAAAGGAAGGGGGAUCAGGGGGACAGAGAUCGGGAAGACAAAGGAAUGGAUGAGGGGAGGGGUAGGAAGAUAAACCCUGCUGCAGACCUGUGGCGUCUUACGAAACCGUUGGGCCAGGUUGUAGGAUCUCAUUGUUGUCUUUAACCUGUGUGUAGGGGACCACCGUCUCUCUCUGCUGCUGUCCCAGGCGGUGGGCUCUCAGUACGGCCGGGAGCUGCUGGCGCUGCAGCUUAGUGACUGGAACAGGAUGCAGACAGACUCCUUCCUGCCAGAGGAGAGGCUACGCAUCUUUGCCCUUCUCGCUGGGAAACCUGUAAGUAACCCGGUGUGUGUCCAGCUGUUGCCGUUCGUUGUGUGUUGUGUUCAGACCGCCAUUAACUGGAUUGUCGUGUGUGUGUGUAGGUUUUGCAGUCCACAUAAUUUGUUGUAAAAUACAGGAACAAUAAAUGUUUUCUGAGCUGUAUGUGCUGUCUCUCUAGGUGUGGCAGUCUACAGACUGUGUGGUGAACGUGUGUUCAGAGCUGGACUGGAAGCGUUGUGUGGCGGUCCACCUGUGGUACGUGCUGCCUCCCACUGCCUCCAUCGCUGACGCCCUGGCCAAGUACGAGGCUGCCUUCCAGGGCUCUGCUAAGGGUCAGAAGUACGCCUGCGCCCCCCUGCCCCCCUACCUUGACCAAUCAGACCAGCUGGACAUGGAGGAGGAAGAGUCUAAACGGCCGCUUUACGAUAUCUGCUUCCACCUGCUCAAACUCUACAGCGACAGGUACUACACUACCCACAACACACUGCGCCUACAUACACUUCCCAUAAUGCACUGCAUAGGUUUCUCAAAAUAAAUGAUUGUGCUUUACUAAGGGCUGGAGUGGGGUUGUAGGUUUCUCUGACUAGAACAAAUACUACAUUAUCAUUCUCAAGCAGAUUAACAGAAUAAAAGUAAACUACCUCUAGAGUGGAGUUUAAAUGAUAAGUGAUGCCUCCCUCUCUCUCCCAGGCACUACAGCCUGCAGCAGUUGUUGGACCCCCUGACGGUGACGUGGAAGCGUCUGGACUACCGUCUGAGCUGGCACCUGUGGUCGGUCCUGCAGGCGCUGCACUACACACACCUCAGCCCCGCCCGACAGGGCCUCAUACACACCAGCUACGCUGCCCAGCUGGAGAGUGCUGGCCUCUGGGACAUGGCCAUCUACGUACUGCUGCACAUACCUGACAACGCGUACGUACACUACAUGACCAAAAGUAUGUGGACCCCUGCUCGUCGAACAUCUCAUUCCAAAAUCAUGGGCAUCAAUAUGGAGUUGGUCCCCCCUUUGCUCCUAUAACAGCCUCCACUCUUCUGGGAAGGCUUUCCAAUAGAUGUUGGAUCAUUGCUGUGGUGACUUGCUUCCAUUCAGCCACGAGCAUUAGUGAGGUCGGGCACUGAUGUUGGGCGAUUAGGCCUGGCUCGCUGUCGGCGUUCCAAUUUAUCCCAAAAGUGUUCGAUGGGGUUGAGGUCAGGGCUAUGCAGGCCAGUCAAGUUCUUCCACACCGAUCUAAUUUUUGUAUGGACCUCGCUUUGUGCACGGGGGCAUUGUCAUGCUGAAACAGGGAAGGGCCUUCCCCAAACUGUUGCCACAAAGUUGGAAGCACAGAAUCGUCUAGAAUGUUAUUGUAUGCUGUAGCUUUAAAAUGUCCCUUCACUGGAACUAAGGGGCCUAGUCCGACCCAUAAAAAACAGUCCCAGACCAUAUUCCUCCUCUACCAAACUUUACAAUUGGCACUAUGCAUUCGGGUAGGUAGCUUUCUGCUGGCAUCUGUCAAACCCAGAUUCGUCCGUCGGACUACCAGAUGGUGAAGCGUGAUUUAUCACUCCAGAGAACGCGUUUCUUCAUUAAAAUGUAAAUAUCUACACAGGCACUGUAGGAGUGUCGUGUCAACAUUCCUCCUUCCUCUGUCUCCAUCUCUCUCUCCCCCAUAUUUCUAUCUUUCACUAUACAGACUGUCAGACAGUCCGUUCAAGGUGGUGAUCGAGCAGGUGGUUGGUCUGGAGCCGCGGGACAGCGAGGAGAGCCAGGCGGUGGACCAGCGGCCCCUGGAGAUCGGCCUGAAGCACAGCAACAUCAGUACAGAGGGGGUCUGCCCCUUCAUCCAGCCCCAGAGCGGUGUGGCCUCCCUGCACGAGUACGCAGAGUGGAUUACUGACUUAAACCAGAGAAUGCGUUUCCACUGCUUCAGAGUCCAAUGGCAGCGAGCUUUACAGCACUCCAGCCGACACUUGGUAUUGCGCAUCGUGAUCUUAGGCUUGUGUGCGGCUGCUCGGCCAUGGAAACCCAUUUCAUGAAGCUCCCGACGAACAGUUAUUGUGCUGACGUUGCUUCCAGAGGCCGUUUGGAACUCUGUAGUGAGUGUUGCAACCAAGGACGGACGAUUUUUAUGAGCUUCAGCACUCUGCGGUCCCGUUCUGUGAGCUUGUAUGGCCUACCACGUCGCGGCUGUGCCGUUGUUGCUCCUAGACAUUUCCACUUCACAAUAACAGCACUUACAGUUGACCAGGCAGCUCUAGCAGGGCAGAAAUUUGACAAACUGACUUGUUGGAAAGGUGGCGUCCUAUGACGGUGCCACAUUGAAAGUCACUGAGCUCUUUAGUACGGGCCAUUCUAUUGCCAAUGUUUGUCUAUGAAAAUUGCAUGGCUGUGUGCUCGAUUUUACCCCUGUCAGCAACGGGUGUGGCUGAAAUAGCCCAAUCCACUAAUUUGAAGGUGUCCCCACAUACUUUUGUCUAUACACUACCUCAAAAGUUUUAGAAUACCUAUUCAUUCAAGGGUUUUUCUUUUAUUUUUACUAUUUUCUACAUUGUAGAAUAAUAGUGAAGACAUCAAAACUGUGAAAUAACACAUACGGAAUCAUGUAGUAACCCAUAAAGUGUUAAACAAAUCAAAAUAUAUUUUAUAUUUGAGAUUCUUCAAAUAGAAACUCUUUGCCUUGAUGACAGCUUUACAUCUCUUGGCAGUCUCUCAACCAGCUUCACCUGGAAUGCUUUUCCAACAGUCUUAAAGGAGUUCCCACAUGCUGAGCACUUGUUGGCUGCUUUUCCUUCACUCUGCGGUCCGACUCAUCCCAAACCAUCUCAAUUUGGGUGAGGUCGGGGGAUUUUGGAGGCCAGGUCAUCUGAUGCAGCACUCCAUCACUCUUCUUCUUUGUAAAAUAGCCCUUACACAGCCUGAAGGUGUGUUGGUUCAUUGUCCUGUUGAAAAUGAAAUUAUAGUCCCACUAAGCCCAAACCAGAUGGGAUGGCGUAUCGCUGCAGAAUGCUGUGGUAGCCAUGCUGGUUAAGUGUGCCUUGAAUUCUAAAUAAAUCACAGACAGUGUCACCAGCAAAGCACCCCCACACCAUAACACCUCCUCCUCCAUGCUUUACUGUGGGAAAUACACAUGCGGAGAUCAUCCGUUCACCCACACCGCGUCUCACAAAGACACCGAAAAAUCUCAAAUUUGCACUCAAGACCAAAGGUCAGAUUUACACCGGUCUAAUGUCCAUUGCUCGUGUUUCUUGGCCAAAGCAAGUCUCUUCUUCUUAUUGGUGUCCUUUAGUAGUGGUUUCUUUGCAGCAAUUUGACCAUUUACAUUUACAUCAUUUAGCAGACGCUCUUAUCCAGAGCGACUUACAAAUUGGUGCAUUCAACUUACAGUGGGGAAAAAAAGUAUUUAGUCAGCCACCAAUUGUGCAAGUUCUCCCACAUAAAAAGAUGAGGCCUGUAAUUUUCAUCAUAGGUACACGUCAACUAUUACAGACAAAAUGAGAAAAACAAAUCCAGAAAAUCACAUUGUAGGAUUUUUAAUGAAUUUAUUUGCAAAUUAUGGUGGAAAAUAAGUAUUUGGUCAAUAACAAAAGUUUCUCAAUACUUUGUUAUAUAACCUUUGUUGGCAAUGACACAGGUCAAACGUUUUCUGUAAGUCUUCACAAGGUUUUCACACACUGUUGCUGGUAUUUUGGCCCAUUCCUCCAUGCAGAUAUCCUCUAGAGCAGUGAUGUUUUGGGGCUGUCGCUGGGCAACACAGACUUUCAACUCCCUCCAAAGAUUUUCUAUGGGGUUGAGACCUGGAGACUGGCUAGGCCACUCCAGGACCUUGAAAUGCUUCUUACGAAGCCACUCCUUGGUUGCCCGGGCGGUGUGUUUGGGAUCAUUGUCAUGCUGAAAGACCCAGCCACGUUUCAUCUUCAAUGCCAUUGCUGAUGGAAGGAGGUUUUCACUCAAAAUCUCACGAUACAUGGCCCCAUUCAUUCUUUCCUUUACACGGAUCAGUCGUCCUAGUCCCUUUGCAGAAAAACAGCCCCAAAGCAUGAUGUUUCCACCCCCAUGCUUCACAGUAGGUAUGGUGUUCUUUGGAUGCAACUCAGCAUUCUUUGUCCUCCAAACACGACGAGUUGAGUUUUUACCAAAAAGUUAUAUUUUGGUUUCAUCUGACCAUAUGACAUUUUCCCAAUCCUCUUCUGGAUCAUCCAAAUGCACUCUAGCAAACUUCAGACGGGCCUGGACAUGUACUGGCUUAAGCAGGGGGACACGUCUGGCACUGCAGGAUUUGAGUCCCUGGCGGCGUAGUGUGUUACUGAUGGUAGGCUUUGUUACUUUGGUCCCAGCUCUCUGCAGGUCAUUCACUAGGUCCCCCCGUGUGGGGGAUUUUUGCUCACCGUUCUUGUGAUCAUUUUGACCCCACGGGGUGAGAUCUUGCGUGGAGCCCCAGAUCGAGGGAGAUUAUCAGUGGUCUUGUAUGUCUUCCAUUUCCUAAUAAUUGCUCCCACAGUUGAUUUCUUCAAACCAAGCUGCUUACCUAUUGCAGAUUCAGUCUUCCCAGCCUGGUGCAGGUCUACAAUUUUGUUUCUGGUGUCCUUUGACAGCUCUUUGGUCUUGGCCAUAGUGGAGUUUGGAGUGUGACUGUUUGAGGUUGUGGACAGGUGUCUUUUAUACUGAUAACAAGUUCAAACAGGUGCCAUUAAUACAGGUAACGAGUGGAGGACAGAGGAGCCUCUUAAAGAAGAAGUUACAGGUCUGUGAGAGCCAUAAAUCUUGCUUGUUUGUAGGUGACCAAAUACUUAUUUUCCACCAUAAUUUGCAAAUAAAUUCAUUAAAAAUCCUACAAUGUGAUUUUCUGGAGAAAAAAGUGUACCUAUGAUGAAAAUUACAGGCCUCUCAUCUUUUUAAGUGGGAGAACUUGCACAAUUGGUGGCUGACUAAAUACUUUUUCCCCCACUGUAUGAUAGCCAGUGGGACAACCACUUUAGUUGUUUUUUUUGGGGGGGUGGGGGAAGAAGGAUUACUUUAUACUAUUCCAGGUAUUCCUUAAAGAGGGAGGGUUUCAAGUGUCUCCGGAAGGUGGUCAGUUACUCCGCUGUCCUGGCGUCGUGGGGGAGCUUGUUCCACCAUUGGGGUGCCAGAGCAGCGAAUAGCUUUGACUGGGCUGAGCGGGAACUGUGCUUCCGUAGAGGUAGGGGAGCUAGCAGGACAGAGGUGAUUGAACGUAGUGCCCUUGUUUGGGUGUAGGGUCUGAUCAGAGCCUGAAGGUAAGGAGGUCCCCUCACAGCUCCGUAGGCAAGCACCAUGGUCUUGUAGUAGAUGCGAGCCUCAACUGGAAGCCAGUGGAGUGUGCGGAGGAGCGGGGUGACAUGAGAGAACUUGGGAAGGUUGAACACCAGACGGGCUGCAGCGUUCUGGAUAAGUUAUAGGGGUUUAAUUGCAGAGGCAGGGAGCACAGCCAACAGCGAGUUGCAGUAAUCCAGACGGGAGAUGACAAGUGCCUGGAUUUGGACCUGUGCUACUUUUUAUGUAAAUUAGGGUCGUACUCUGCGAAUGUUGUAGAGCAUGAAUCUGCAGGAUCGGGUCACCGCUUUGAUGUUAGUGGAGAACGACAGGGUGUUGUCCAGGGUCACGCCAAGGUUCUUUGCACUCUGGGAGGAGGACACAAUGGAGUUGUCAACCGUGAUGGCGAGUUCAUGGAGCGGGCAGUCCUUCCCCGGGAGGAAGAGCAGCUCCGUCUUGCCGAGGUUGAGCUUGAGGUGGUGACCCGACAUCCACACUGAUAUGUUUGCCAGAGAUGCGAUUCGCCACCUGGUUAUCAGAAGGGGGAAAGGAGAAAAUGAAUUGUGUGUCGUCUGCGUAGCAAUGAUAGGAGAGACCAUGUGAGGAUAUGACAGAGCCAAGUGACUUGGUGUAUAGAGAGAAUAGGAGAAGGCCUAGAACUGAUCCCUGGGGGACACCAGUGGUGAGAGCACGUGGUGCGGAGACAGAUUCUUGCCACGCCACCUGGUAGGAGCGACCUGUCAGGUAGGAUGCAAUCCAAGAGGGAGCAGCGCCGGAGAUGCCCAACUCGGAGAGGGUGGAGAGGAGGAUCUGAUGGUUCACAGUAUCAAAGGCAGCGGAUAGGUCUAGAAGGAUAAGAGCAGAGGAGAGAGAGUUAGCUUUAGCAGUGCGGAGAGCCUCCAUGACACAGAGAAGAGCAGUCUCAGUUGAAUGACCAGUCUUGAAACCUGACUGGUUUGGAUCAAGAAGGUCAUUCUGAGAGAGAUGGCAGGAGAGUUGGCUAGAGACGGCACGCUCAAGAGUUUUGGAGAGAAAAUAAAGAAGGGAAAUGUUCUGUAGUUGUUGACAUCGGAGGGAUCGAGUGUAGGUUUUUUGAGGAGGGGUGCAACUCUCGCUCUCUUGAAGACGGAAGGGACAUGGCCAGCGGUCAAGGAUGAGUUGAUCAGCGAGGUGAGGUAAGGGAGAAGGUCUCCGGAAAUUGUCUGGAGAAGAGAGGAGGGGAUAGGGUCAAGCGGGCAGGUUGUUGGGCGGCCGGCCGUCAGAAGUCGCAAGAUUUCAUCUGGAGAGAGAGGGGAGAAAGAAGUGAAAGCAUAGGGUAGGGCUGUGUGAGCAGGACCAGCGGUGUCAUUUGACUUAAUGAAUGAGGAUCGGAUGUCGUCAACCUUCUUUUCAAAAUGGUUGACGAAGUCAUCCACAGAGAGGGAGGGGGAGGAGGAGGAGGAGGAUUCAGCAGGGAGGAGAAGGUGGCAAAGAGCUUCCUAGGGUUAGAGGCAGAGGCUUGAAUUUUAGAGUGGUAGAAAGUGGCUUUAGCAGCGGAAACAGAGGAAGAGAAUGUAGAGAGGAGGGAGUGAAAAGAUGACAGGUCCGCAGGGAGUCUAGUUUUCCUCCAUUUCCGCUCGGCUGCCCGGAGCCCUCUUCUGUGAGCUUGCAAUGAGUCGUCAAGCCACGGAGCAGGAGUGGAGGACCGAGCCAGCCGGGAGGAUAGGGGACAUAGAGUCAAAAGAUGCAGAAAGGGAGGAGAGGAGGGUUGAGGAGACAGAAUCAGGAGAUCGGAGGGAGAAGGAUUUAGCAGAGGGAAUGAUGAUAGGCUGGAAGAGGAGAGAGUAGCGGGAGAGAGAGAGCGAAGGUUGCGACGGCACAUUACCAUCGGAGUAGGGGCAGAGUGAGUAGUGUUGGAGGAGAGCGAGAGAGAAAAGGAUACAAAGUAGUGGUCGGAGACUUGGAGGGGAGUUGCAGUGAGAUUAGUAGAAGAACAGCAUCUAGUAAAAAUGAGGUCAAGCGUAUUGCCUGCCUUGUGAGUAGGGGGGGACGGUGAGAGGGUGAGGUCAAAAGAGGAAAGGAGUGGAAAGAAGGAGGCAGAGAGAAAUUAGUCAAAGGCAGACGUAGGGAGGUUAACGUCACCCAGAACUGUGAGGGGUAAGCCAUCCUCAGGAAAGGAAUUUAUCAAGGCGUCAAGCUCAUUGAUUAACUCUCCAAGGGAACCUGGAGGGCGAUAAAUGACAAGGAUGAAUGGCUUGAAUGGGCUAGUGACUGACAGCAUGGAAUUCAAAUGAGGAGAUAGACAGAUGGGUCAGGGGAGAAAGAGAGAGAGAAUGUCCACUUGGGAGAGAUGAGGAUUCCUGUGCCACCGCCGCGCUGACCAGAUGCUCUCGGGGUAUGCGAGAACACAUGGUCAGACGAGGAAAGAGCAGUAGGAGUAGCAUUGUUUUCUGUGGUAAUCCAUGUUUCCGUCAGCGCCAAGAAGUCGAGGGACUGGAGGGUAGCAUAGGCUGAGAUGAACUCUGCCUUGUUGGCCGCAGAACGGCAGUUCCAGAGGCUGCCGGAGACCUGGAACUCCACGUGGGUCGUGCGCGCAGGGACCACCAGAUUAGAGUGGCAGCAGCCACACGGUGUGAAGCGUUUGUAUGGCCUGUGCAGAGAGGAGAGAACAGGGAUAGAAAGUCACAUAGUUGACAGACUACAGAAAAAGGCUACAAUAAUGCAAAGGAGAUCAGAAUGAAAUGAACUAAACAUCUGGGAAAGCGAGAGAGCGGGGCCUCCCUCACUUACAUGUCACUGAAACACAAAAAUAUAACUCUCCCAACUUCCACUUUAGAAAUUAUAAUUGUUGUAAACUACAGCAGUUCAAUGUUUUCUAAGAAUAGACUCUAACUUAGUUUAUUCAGCUAGCUAACUUGGUACAGUAUUCUUCCGUGAAAACCGUCCAGGGCACCGAAUCCUAUGACGCCAUAGCCAACUAGCAUGCCAGCCUCCAAUAACACGGUUUAGCACCAAUACUCGGUUACAACAAACCACCAGUGUGUUAACACGCCAAACAGAUCAUUCGUGUCCGUGUCUAACGUUGUGUAAAGUUUUGACAGUUUGAGUGAGUACGUCGUCAACUUAUUCAGUCAGUUAGUUAGCUAGAAUAGUUAGCAUACUAGCUAGCCAUUGCUCUCUGCCAACUAACCAACCCCUCCUCCCACAGCACGAAACACACAGAGAGAGCCAAGCUAACAUUAACUAGUCACCCAUGUCCCGAAUUCCCUUGAACGACUCUGGUUACCAGUAUGUAAAAACAAAACAAAAAUAAAUGUAGGUUAUAGCUUACCCUUUAGUAGCUACUGUUAGCCAGUUAAGUGCAAAGCUAGCCACUGAAUCGAUUCAGCCAGUUCGCGUCUGUCCCAACGAAGAGAAAGCGUCUCCAAAUAUUACAGCUAGGUUGUUCCAGCUAUUGUUUUGUUAGCUAUCCAGGUAGCAGCAAGCUAACUACAUUUCGAGUACAGUAGCUACUAACUACCUAACGUUAACGCUUCCGAUAAUGAGGUUAGAAAAACAGCUGAAUGGUAGGUAGCUAGCUGGCAUAAUUACAGGUACUCUUAAGUGUGAAAUAACAUUGGAAACAACUAUCCACAGUUGCUAAUAGGUACCAGUAGCUACCCGCUAACUAGCUAGCUUUAUUGGUCCAGGUAGUGGGUUAGCUAGCCUCGUUCUUCACCGGGCUCAGCCGAAUACAAUACUUACCUACAAUAACUACCUAGAUAAACUACCUACAAUCUAAAUACAUGGUUUAAGCUUUACUCGACACCAUAUAAGAAGCCAAGCUUACCUCCCGCUAGAGAAACACAACCUCACCUGACCAGUAUCCAGAAACCCUCACUAUCCUUCGACCUUCCCCAUAUUGACAGUUUUGUAAGCGUUAGAUUUGCCAAAGUCACCUACAGACCUCAUUAUAUAUGGAGGACCAAAGCAGUCAAAAAUAAUUAAAAACUCUAGGGGCAGUUUCCCGGACACAGAUUAAGCCUAAUACUCCCUUUUUCUCCCCAAUUUCGAUCUUGUCUCAUCGUUGCAACUCCCCAACGUGCUCAGGAGGUGAAGGUCGAGUCAUGCGUCCUCCGAAACAUGACCCGCCCAAAAAAAAACGUAAUGAAGGCCUGAUUCACACAGUCUCCUCUGAACAGUUGAUGUUGAGAUGUGUCUGUUACUUGAACUCUGUGAAGCAUUUAUUUGGGCUGCAAUUUCUGAGGCUGGUAACUCUAAUGAACUUAUCCUCUGCAGUAGAGGUAAAUCUGGGUCUUCCAUUCCUGUGGCGGUCCUCAUGAGAGCCAGUUUCAUCAUAGCGCUUGAUGGUUUUUGCGACUGCACUUGAAGAAACGUUCAACCUUUUCCAUAUUGACUGACCUUCAUGUCUUAAAAUAAUAAUGGACUGUCGUUUCUCUUUGCUUAUUUGAGCUGUUCUUGCCAUAAUAUGGACUUGGUCUUUUACAAAAUAGUGCUAUCUUCUGUAUACCCCCCUACCUUGUCAUAGCAGAACUGAUUGGCUCAAACGCAUUAAGAAGGAAAGAAAUUCCACAAAUUAACUUUUAAGAAGGGGGCACACCUGUUAAUUGAAAUGCAUUCUAUGUGACUACCUCAUGAAGCUGGUUGAGAGAAUCCAAAGAGUGUGCGAAGCUGUCAUCAAGGCAAAGGGUGGCUAUUUUGAAGAAUCUCAAAUCUAAAAUGUAUUUUGAUUUGUUUAACACCUUUUUGGUUACUACAUGAUUCCAUAUGUGUUAUUUCAUAGUGUUGAUGUCUUCACUAUUAUUCUACAAUGUAGAAAAUAGUAAAAAUAAAGAAACCCUGGAAUGAGUAGGUGUUCUAAAACUUUUGGCCGGUAGUGUAUAUAGUGUAUCACACUCAUAGACACACACACAGACUUCCCACACUCAACGUUGUUUACUUAUUAGGGAAAGGGGGAUACCUAGUCAGUUGUACAACUGAAUGCAUUCAACUGAAAUGUGUCUUCCGCAUUUAACCCAACCCCUUUGAAUCAGAGAGGUGCCUUAAUCGAUAUCCACGUCUUCGGCGCCCGGGGAACAGUGGGUUAACUGCCUUGCUCAGCACCAGAACGACAUAUUUUUUUACCUUGUCAGCUCGGGGAUUCGAUCCAACAACCUUUCGGUUACUGGCCCAAUGCUCCUACCCGCCAGGCUACCUGCCGCCUAGUCAUGAGGAUGGUUAAGUUGAUGAGUCAGUGGAGAAUUUGAGGGUCAGUGCUCUCAGCAAAUGACCUGGAUGGACAGACGGGCUGACAAUGAUUCAUCAUAAUCUCACAAGUGCUACUGUGACCAGCUGAGUUCAAAGUUCAACCCCGACUUGUCCGCGCAAUGUUAGCCCUCUGUGCUCUGGGAGCUAAAGGAAGUAAUCAUGUCUCAGGCAAGCUUACACAUUACUACGUGAGCAUGUGCUGUUGGAAAACUUACAACAUGUAAAGUAAUAAAGUUAACAAGCUACCAUGUCUUUCUCCUCUGUCCAGGCUGCGUGAGCAUGCGGUGAGGGAGAUGCUGCAGCUGCACUGCCCCCUGCUGGAGACGGAGGAGUCUGCCCAGAAGGAGCACUUCCUCACAGAGAGACUACUGAUCCCAGAACAGUGGCUCCACCAGGCCAAGGCUACCAGAGCCAGAAGAGACGCAGACAGACACGGAGAGGCACUUCACCUGUACAGAGCAGGACACUGGAACCUCUGCCACAGUCUGGUCAUACAGCACCUUGCCUCAGGUGUGCGUGUAAACACACACACACACACACACACACACACACACACACACACACUCUAACCCUGUUCCCCUGUCUCUGUGCGAUUCCCCUGUAGAGUGUAUAAUUAAUGAUAACCAUGAGUACCUCUUGGAGUUCCUGGAGGGGCUUGCGGUUCCUGAGCGCAGUGCUGUGAUCCAGGACUGGGAUACGGCAGGCAGAGUCUACCUGGACUACAUCAGAGUCAUGCAGACCCUACACGCCAUACAACAGGUACGUGUGUCUGUCUGGACUAGACUACAUCAGACAAACACACCAUACAUACCAUACUGUGAGUGUGUGGAAUUUUGUGCGCUAAAGAGAUUUCUCACCCCAAUAUUGAAAUUAAUCAGUUGAGCUAGCUGUAGCCAUGUGCCGUCACAAUCCCCAAAAGACACAGAAAAAGUUGUCACCACAGUAUCCCAGCUCAAUUAACCGAAAAUUCACCUUGAAAUUGGCAAAAUAAUCAGCACGUCCAGACAUUUGAAAGCUAGUCCCACAGCGCAUCAGCUAGCUCAACUUGUCUUUCUUCUUCAUUAUGUUGACUCCAUUACUGUUAAUUAUGUUAGCCAAUUAGCUAUGCUGCUAAUCUGCUGAUUAUUUGUCUCUGUCAUAUAAUGAUGGACAAUAGUGGGAUAUGAGCUAGAGCACUUGCACAUUGAUUUAGGCUUCUUUGGGCAUGUUAAUGGUAGUGUGUUUCUACUGUGUACUCUGAUUAACAUUGCUGUUUAUCAGCUGGAAUGGUAUAUUAAUGUGUCUCUGUCUCUCUCUGUGUGUAUUCAGAUGGACAGUGCUGGUUAUGAGCUGGAGCGUCUACACACUGAGGUGACGUCUCUCUGCAGCAGGAUAGAGCUCCUCCCCUGCUCCACCGCCAAGGACCGCCUUGCCCAAUCAGGUGAGGAGAUCGAGUUGUCUGCGCCAAUCAGAGGGCAGCUGAUCUUAAGACAGUGCUAUGAUACAAAACGUUCAUAUAAUGUUCUGUGUGGGGUCCUGUCUUACCCUAUUCUCUCUCCUGUAUCUUUAGGGUUGUGUGUGUUCCUAGAUCUAUCUAACCCUGUUCUCUCUCCUGUCUCCAGAGAUGGCCAAGCGUGUGGCUAACAUCCUGCGUGUGGUGUUGAGUCUGCAGCAGGGUGGUGAGGGUGGCGUGAUCCCCUUGUCCCAGCUAGCGCCCCACAUCGGCCAUCUGCCCAUGCCCGAGGACUAUGCUGUCGAGGAGCUCCGCAGCCUCACCCAAUCAUACCUGAGACAGCUCAUUGUCAGCUAAUGAUCUGCCCCGAACCCACAGCCCCCCGCCCAAUAGCAACUGAGGUAGUUUGUUUGAAGCCAAUGAGAACAGUGGGAGUAGGAGGGGACUAUCUGGGACUGUUUAGUAGGACUACUGGGGUUUGUUUGAGAAUGCAGCGAUGGACUUGCAGCGUGCUCCUUUGGUGCUUUGGUUUCUCCUGAAGAAAAUGGUACAAGAUUAUUGGAUGAAGCAUUCCUCAGUGUGUGUUUGUGUGGAAAUGAAUGACUUGUACGUUUUUUAUUUCAUUAUGUUUUUGUAUAGCUUUGUUGUACUUAGAGGCCUAAAACGCUUGUUUGUGUAAGAUGUGUGUUUAAAUAUUGAACUGCUGAACCCUCCUGAUACUCUCCUUUCCCAAACUUUGACCCUGUUUAAAGGGACAAUCUCAUUGACUGGUGUGUGUAACGCCCUGCAAUUAAUCUGUUUUCAGUAUAAAUGCAUUCUGCAAACUGUGUUUGUUUGACUCUUACAUCCAUCCCCAUGUAAACAUAAAGGUCAUUAUAGUAAGAUUGUUUACAAUUUUGUUAGGGAGAUGUCAGGGAUGAACUGUCAAUAUGUGUAUACAUAGGGAAGAUCUAUCUAGCUUAAAAUGGAGGAGACUCAUUUUAGUGAUGUAAUAUUGUACAAAUAGCAGGCUUGAAAUCAACAAUUGUUUUUGAAUGCCAAAACAGAUCUUGAGAAAAUGUAAAAUGAGAAUGGAUAAACAUAUAUUUUUGUAGUUUUCUUUUGUAUUUUGGGUGAAACCCAGAGUAUGUGAGUGUAUUCGAAUGGAAAGAUAGAGAAUGGAAUCUAACUAGCACUUCAUCACAAAUAUAUGGUUUCAGAUUUCUAUUUUAUGGGAGCUAUGUUUGUUAAUUUUUUUUUUUUGUAAUUUUUUUUUUUUUUGUAAUCAGCCAUCCAACAAUUGUUUGUUUUAAUGAGUCAAUCCAUUUUCUCUGUGGUCUUUGCAAGGAGUCUGUUUGAAAUAUAUCAUAUUAUAAUUUACAAUUCCUUGGUGUACUUGGUCUUACCUUCACUAACACAGCUUCCAUUCUCAUCCUUUGUUCCCCCUUAACCUCCAGUUUUCUGUAUUUUGAUUUUUCAAGAGAAAUGUAUGUACUUAUUGAUUGUUGUGCUGCUGCCGCAGUAUAUUUUGGGCGGGAGACCGCUGCCCUCGCGCACAGUGCUUUUUACAAGGAGGGUCUCCGGACUUUUGUUGCCGCCGUUGCUCUGUGCACGAUUGUGAUGAUGGUGAUGAUAACGUUUUUAUUAGUCUGAAUAAAAUGCAUUCUAUUUUGUCAAGAAUUGUAUUAAACAAUUAUGCUCAAUACUAUACCUUAUCUC